GGCGGCAGAAGCGGCAGCGGCAGGGUUUGCCUGGGCUGGCCGAGCAUCCUCCGACUUGGAACUGUCCACCGGCGAGAGCUCCUGAACAUGAGCCUCCUGCCUCUCUACCUGCUCGGAUUGCUCCUCAGUAGCGGGCAAGCUUUACUUCAAGUAACAAUUUCACUUAGCAAAGUUGAGCUCAGUGUGGGUGAAUCCAAGUUCUUCACAUGCACAGCCAUUGGUGAGCCUGAGAACAUAGACUGGUACAACCCCCAAGGAGAGAAGAUUGUUUCCAGUCAGAGGGUGGUGGUUCAGAAGGAAGGUGUCCGCUCACGCCUUACCAUUUAUAACGCAAACGUAGAGGAUGCUGGAAUAUACCGGUGCCAGGCAACAGAUGCUAAAGGACAAACUCAAGAAGCUACCGUAGUUUUGGAGAUUUAUCAAAAGCUCACUUUUCGGGACAUAGUGUCUCCACAAGAGUUCAGGCAGGGAGAAGAUGCAGAAGUUGUGUGCCGUGUCACGAGUUCACCUGCUCCCAUUGUCAGCUGGUUGUAUCGGAAUGAGGAAGUCACAGCUAUUGCUGACAAUCGAUUUGCCAUAUUAGCAAACAAUAAUCUCCAAAUUCUUAAGAUCAAUAAAAGUGAUGAAGGAGUUUACAGAUGUGAAGGAAGAGUGGAAGCAAGAGGAGAAAUUGACUUUCGGGACAUAAUUGUUAUUGUGAAUGUCCCCCCUGCAAUCAUUCUGCUACAGAAAUCCUUCAAUGCCACGGCAGAUCGAGGAGAGGCAAUAACUCUGUUCUGCAGAGCCACUGGGUCACCUCCACCUGAGAUCUCUUGGUACAGGAAUGGUAAACUUAUCGAAGAAAAUGAAAAAUAUGUCCUAAGAGGAAGCAACACACAACUAACAAUAAGAGAUAUAAAAAAUAUUGAUGCAGGUCCUUAUAUCUGUAACGCUAAAAACAAAGCAGGAAAUGACAAAAAACAGACAGUGCUUCAAGUUUUUGUGCAGCCUCAAAUAAUACAACUUAAAAAUGAAACCACAUUUGAGAAUGGGAAAGCAACCCUCAUCUGUGAAGCAGAAGGAGAACCUGUUCCAGAGAUUAUUUGGAAAAGGGCCAUUGAUGGAAUGACUUUCUCUGAAGGCGACAAGAGCCCAGAUGGCCGUAUAGAAGUCAAAGGGCAGCAUGGGAAGUCGUCACUGCAUAUUAAAGAUGUGAAGUUGUCAGAUUCAGGGAGAUAUGACUGUGAAGCGGCAAGUAGAAUUGGUGGGCACCAAAAGAGCAUGUACCUUGAUAUUGAAUAUGCUCCAACAUUCCUGUCAAAUCAAACCAUGUAUUACUCUUGGGAAGGCAAUCCCAUCAAUAUAAGCUGUGAAGUGCUGGCAAAUCCAUCUGCCUCAAUUCAGUGGAAAAGAGGAAAAUUAGUUUUACCUGUAAAAAAUGCAACUCAUUUGAAGACCUACAGUACAGGAAGAAAGCUGAUUCUGGAGAUUGCUCCCACAUCUGACAGUGAUUUUGGACGGUAUAAUUGCACAGCCACAAACAGAAUAGGAACAAGAUAUCAAGAGUAUACACUUGGUCAAGCUGAUGUGCCAUCAAAUCCGUAUGGAGUACGAGUUUUAGAGCUGUCCCAAACCACUGCCAAGGUUUCCUUCAAUAAGCCAGACUCACAUGGAGGUGUGCCCAUUCACCACUACCAAGUGGAUGUGAAAGAGGUAGCCUCGGAAACCUGGAAAAUAGUUCGCUCCCAUGGAGUUCAAACUAUGGUUGUUCUGAGCAAUUUGGAACCAAAUACGACCUAUGAAAUCAAAGUAGCUGCCGUAAAUGGAAAAGGGCAAGGAGAGUAUAGCAAAAUUGAGAUCUUUCAGACCUUACCUGUCCGGGAGCCAAGCCCCCCUUCAAUUCAUGGACAACCAGAGAGUGGCAAGAGUUUUAAACUUAGCAUAACUAAACAAGAUGAUGGAGGUGCCCCCAUACUGGAAUAUAUUGUCAAAUACAGAAGUAAAGAUAAGGAAGACCAGUGGCUAGAGAAAAAAGUACAGGGUAGUAGAGACCACAUCAUCUUAGAGCAUCUUCAAUGGACCAUGGGUUACGAAGUACAAAUUACAGCUGCCAACAGACUGGGUUAUUCUGAACCAACAUUGUAUGAAUUCAGCAUGCCACCAAAGCCCAACAUUAUUACAGACACUCUUUUUAAUGGUCUUGGACUUGGUGCUGUCAUUGGCCUGGGAGUGGCAGCCCUUUUGUUAAUCCUGGUUGUGACUGAUGUUAGCUGCUUCUUUGUACGACAAUGUGGAUUGCUCAUGUGCAUCACCAGGAGAAUCUGUGGGAAGAAGAGUGGUUCAAGUGGAAAAAGUAAAGAACUGGAAGAAGGAAAAGCUGCUUACUUGAAAGAUGGAUCAAAAGAGCCAAUAGUGGAAAUGAGAACAGAGGAUGAAAGAAUUACCAGCCAUGAAGAUGGGAGUCCAGUAAAUGAGCCAAAUGAGACAACUCCCCUCACAGAACCAGAGAAGCUACCACUAAAAGAGGAAAAUGGCAAAGAAGCUUUAAAUCCAGAAACCAUAGAAAUCAAAGUUGCUAAUGACAUCAUCCAGUCAAAAGAAGAUGAUAGCAAAGCAUAAUGAGAUAAACUACAGCUGUCUGGAUAAUGCAUUUGGAUUGAAGUAAUCCUGUGACCAAAACUUUACUGCUGACCUUAAUUUCUUGGGAAACUUAAGCUUGGAAUAGUUAGUACUUGUGUACAUACGAUGAAACAGUUCCUGUCUACAAUUCUUUUCUAUAUUUUUUUCUUUUGUUUGGUUGUUAAUGGUUUUAGUAUCUAGUUUUGCUGACACCAAGUCCCAUGCUAUAAAUUUGAAAAAUCUGCAGAAUAAGAACUGGAAUUUAUUAUAUGAAAAAGUGUGUCUACUUAGAAGAAAAAUUCUGAAGCACUCCUAACCACAAACAACACAUCAGGCCUCUCCAGAUCUUGCAGUGCAAGCUGCAUACAUAAAGUGCAUUAUGAUAAUGUAUCUAUUUCCAUUUAUAAUAAAAUGAAAUUUUAUGUUGCCUUUAAAAAAAAAACCCCUAAACCAGUCUCAGUAUAAUGUUUAAGACCUUAGCUCUGGCUGACACUCAAUAGCCAUUCCAGCCGUGAUUAUGUCUUGAGGCAAUCAAAAAACCAAAACUCUUUAUCACAGAGCCAGGUCCCACUGCAGUUUCUCCUGGAUUCUUCAAUAAAUACAUUUUUAAAAAGCUAGUACUCACAAUAUACAAACUCAAAAAUUGGCUAAAUAUUUCAAUAGUCUAUUGGCCUCAUCCUAACUACAAGAGUGUGACUCUGGAAGGCUCCAGGAUUUUCAAUGCUUCAGAUUUUCUGUAUGAAAGUUUCGAAAGUUCCAUGUGAACUAAAAUGCAGCCAGGGAAUAAAAAGAAAUCUGUUUCUUAAUCAUAAUCUUUUCUUCAAAUUAAAACUUACAAUAUUUAUUCCAACAUAUAUAUACAUACAGGGAAUUCAUUUUUGUCUUAGUUCAAACCAUUUAGCUGAGGGAUGAAACCGUACUUUAGUGAAGUAAAUACAUUUUCUCCCCAAAUCAAUAUAUAAAAUAUUAAACUUGGCCUUUUUGAAUCAGGGCUUUUCCCUUUAUGAUUUCAUACCCUUUAUCUAAGUGCUAUGUGAGAAGAGAUGGAAAAGUGACUUUGUCUAAGCAGUUUGGAACAAUUUUAAAUUAUUGACUAAUUCAACCUUAUAUUCAACCAAACACAUUUUUUUUCAUGUCAAGCUUUCUUUAAGAAUUUAUUUUUAUUAUUCUGAUCAACAUUCCCCACCAGGAAAUUUGACUGAUUUUUUUGAUCUGAAAUUCAUUCAUAUGAAUUAAUACUUGAUUUAGUGGUGUCACUAACUGGAGCAAUAUAAUUUGUUUCCAUUCCAGCAUAGUGUACCCACAGCUACCAAACUCUUCAAAGCCUUGCUUUGAAAGAAGUAGAUAAACUUCUAUAGAAAACUAGCCUGGAAAAUUCUGUUUGUCAGGAGCAACUGGUAGAGUAAGUUGUGAGUUUUCCACAUCUAAGUCAUGCAUGAGUCUUAAGUGUACUUUUACUCAUCAAGUUGUGUUUUCUCCAUCUGAAUUUUGAUCAUAUUUGAAAUCUUUGUACUUUUUGACUUUUGUACAGUAAAAAUGAAAGCGAAAUGUAAAAGGAUCUUCUUAAAUUUGAGGAAAAUACCAUAACCUACUUGUUAACCCAAGUUUAAGUGCAUUUGAAAGAGCUGAGGAGAAUAUAUUUAUAUUUAAUUCUUAGAUAUUUCUUAUUUUUCAAAACCAGGUUAUUUUAUGAGUUUUUUACAAUUUUCCCUCACUUUGAGAAAUAGCUAAAAUGAACCAAGGAGCUGAGGACAGAGGCAUACUGCUGGUGUGGCUAGGAUAGGAGGCCAAGUUCCCACAAAAUCAGUACCAAAGUGAAAAAAAUGGGUAAGAGGAGAUGGCAAUAUGGGAUGAAAGUCAUGGAAGAUAACAAUUGAAAACUGCUGAAAAUAAGUAUCUCCAAAUGCUGAGGCACUAAUUCUGGGUGAAGGAAAGGCGAAGACAUUCCUUUAUGAAUCCUCAGUGUUGUUCCCACAUACUGGGCAGGCAGUACUACCAAAUAGCUGCUUGAAAUGAUCAGAUUUCUGAUAAUUUCUAAUAAGAUUUCCUGAUUCGUUCUAAGCACACAGCAAGCAGGCCUGCCUGUAACCUAUAAUUAGGAGAACAGUUGUUUUGUUUAUGUGUGUGGACUUGUAGUCUUUUCAGAAAGUAUGUAUUUGCAGCUGGGCUUUCUUCUUUAUCAAAAUGCAAAGAAGGAACCUGGACAACUCCAGCAGCUGGGAAUAAUGUGGUUGGUGUGGCUUGAACAUCCUCUCACACAACAUUUUUAAUGGGAUGAGGAUGAACUUUGUAGACAUAGUUUCCUCUUCACCUGCUGUGACGAAUUUGGAUGGUACCAUUCAAUCUUCUCUCCACAAAUGGUGUUUUUUCUGAAGCUAGCCUGGUCAUUUCCAGAAGAAGGUGCCUAUACAAUGUAUCAGAACUAACAGUGUCUAGGCUCAACUGCAGAUGCAUUUCAAAUUUUAGUACUUUUUAGUUGAACUUACACAAAGAAAACCCAAAAAACCAUGACCUAAUGGUUCUAUACUGGUGGGUUUUUUCUGGUUUGGGUUUUUUUUGUUGUGUGGUUUUUUUUUUCCCCUGAUAUGGCCUCUAAUUACAGUGUGAAGGGAUUAGAAGAUUUAAGAGGUCUUGUCAGCACAUUUAUUGGUAAUACACCUGUGCUACUCUUUACAAGCAAAAUAUAUUGCAGUAUUAUUUCAAUAUUGGAAGCAAAAGCAUUUCCCACUAUGCUGCAUUACAAAUCAAAAGCUUUUUCCAGGAGUAUUUAAUUUCUUCUUGCUGUUACGUCUCUUGGCAGUUGAUCUGUGUGAGGGCUGAGAAUAAAACAGCUCUAAAUUUCUGAUGGACUGUCCAAGCACACCUUUUUGGUCUAUGGAUUAAUGGGUUAUCUCUUGUGCUUUAACUCUGUGCUGUGCAGGAGAGAACCAAACUCUCACUAUGAAAGAAUGCUGAAAAACACUGAUAUUUCAAAAUAGUUCCAAAUAUUUCCAAAUGAGGAAAUAAUUUGCGCAUAGUAAUUUGUAAGAUAUAUGUAGAACUGGAAUAACAACAUUUGUUUAUUUUCUUUUCCUAUUCUAGAUUAAAAAAAAAACAAAACAAACAAAAAACAGGUAUCUGUAUAAAUGUCACUUUUACUGUCUAAAGUAAUUUUAAGUGUUAGUAUGAAAUGUCAGAAGAGUUGACAAAAUAUAACUAUUUGUAAAAGUAAUCUGAAUUGUUACACUAACAAACUCCAGGGACCAAGGUGGGAGGGAGCCAUUGAAAUUAGUACUCAACAAAAUGUGGCAGUGACAAUCUCUUUUCAAAAAAAAAAAAAGGAGUACAAUUAAGUAAAAUUACUUAAAGCUCCUUGGUAUUUUUUGUUUUUUUAGUGGACUUGAGUUCUGAUUUACCACAAUAAUAACAAAUUUUUAAUAAUUAUUUUACAAUUUAGUAAUGAAAUGUACCCUGGAGAGUUUUUCCUGGUUUUAUUUGUUUAUUUGCCUUUUUUGACUUAUGAGAUUUUUUUGUGGUUGCAGAAAUAUUUGGUAUUCUGGUGAUGCUAAUGCCUAAUGUGACAAAGAUUAAUUUAUUCAGGCCUCAGUCUUGCAAGAAAUUUAGUGCGGUUGAGCCCACCCCUUAUAUGGCACCGCACUGACAUUAGUGGGGUGGAUGUGAGCAGGAAGAUGGAUGUACUUUAACGAGAGACCUUGCAGGAUUGGGCCAACUUUCUAUCUCUUCAUAGAUAUCUCCAACGUAGUUACACCGUGGCCAUCAUCCACAAAGGCUGUUUGACAUGGGUCCCUGGUGCACUAAAUCCCAACUGCGGUCUUCAGCCUCUGCAUCAUUGUUCAUCUAAACAAAAGUGGCUUUCGUUUUAUGAUGGUAAUUAGUUUGAUUAUUUAUUUAAGUGCCAAUCAUCAAACUGUAGUAUAAUCAUCAUGCCAUUUUUUUCUGUUUCCUAGACCAGAUAAUGGAAAUGUAUUUGUGCCUUUUAAUAGCAUGCCACUCUGCUUUAUUAAAGAAAAAUCUUCAAUAAUUUGUCUACAAAGCCUGUUUAAAAUAAUUGAAAGCUUUACUGUCACAUACUUUUCUGCUCAAAUAUUCUCAAAUAUUCAUCUAAAUCAAACUGAAGGUAUUAUUUUCAAGUAACACAAAUAUUUGAAACACAAAAUUUGCAAAAAUCUUUUCAGAUCUUGAUUCCAAUGAGGGUCAUGGUGGGUGAAAAGUUUCAAACAGAUGGAGAAUGUAGUGGAUAUGUAGGGGUAUUUUGACCAAUUUCUCAAGUUCAAGAGUCAAAUAGAAAUUCUACUUCGUUCUAUUUAAGUGCUUAGACCUAGAACAUUAAAAUCUUUCUUCAAAUCUGAAAGAUGAUAUGGAGCAUCUUCCCAGCAUUUUACCUCUGGAGAUAAACUGGAGAGAAUGUUCAUUUUGCAAUCAUUUGCAGCCUCACCAUUUCUAUGUAAGCUGCUGUAGGAAUUAACAUCUUUGUAGAAUAGUUGUGUCUGUUGGAUAUUCACUCCUGAUUAAAGGACCUCCAAAAAGACCAUUUACUGAGAAAGGUCAAGACCUCUUUGAUCUGUGGAGGGGUUCUAAGAGCGCUGCACAGAGUCACAGUGCAGGAAUCCAGGUCUCAAUCCAGGCCUCUGGGAUUUAAGACAAAAAACUGAUUCCAGCAGGACCUGUAUUUUAUUCAUCCAUCUCAGCGAGGCUCUGCGUGUCCUCAGCUGAUGGCGUUGUUUUUGUGAACCAGAUUUCCAGGUGUAAGUGGAACUCAAAUGUUCUGCCAGACUCCUACUGACAUUUUGCACAGAGGAGGUUUUUCUAUCAGGAGUUUUUACUGAUCAGGAAAUUGUGAUAGAAUAUCCAGUGACAGUUUUAUCUCAUACAUUACUAUAUGUCCAGAAAUAAAAUAUCUCUUAAAAUAACUCAUUGUGGUUGCAAUGCUUCAUUAGGUGAAGUUGAAAACAUUCUAAAUAAAUAAUGAUCCUUCUUAAAUCUCCUUGUUUAGCUUCAGAUAAUCUUUCUGAUAGAUGGAAAGCCACCAUGGUUAAAUAAACCUUUUUAAAAAACUCUUCACCCCUUUUCCAGAUUUUUUCAGAUUUUUUCAAGUUCCUGAUGUACCCUGUCCACUUGACAGCAGUUCUGUAACUUUUAAGUGAUCUUCAGUAUUUCCACUGCUCAUAUGUGUUCCUAUUUCAAUUUACUUGGACCUGAGCCAAAAUAAGCCUUAUAAAUUUGGCUUUGGAUCAGGUUCUGAGAAUUCUAAGUUUACCAGUCCAUCUUUUCUCUUAAGAGGCAUUGAGAUCCUCAUAAUGUUUGACUUUCAAACUUGAAUAUUGGCCAUUUUUAGCCCAGAGAAAUGAAGUAUUUAAAUAAAUAUUUAUUGCCAAAUUUGUAUUGGCAGCUUUUAAAGUCACAGGUGAGAUCGGGAGCGGGCGAGGUGACCAGGCGCAGUGCCGACAGAGCUCAGGAAAGCCAGGGAGACCAGGUGCCAAAGAGUGAGCCAGGACAGAGCUGGGAGCAUCUCUCCUUAGCACUGCCAAGGGAAAAGGGGAGCAACUGAAGCAAGGGAGGCUGCUGAAGGGCACUGCCAAAAGGCAGGGUAAUGAGAGCUCUGCAAACCAGAGAAGAGGAGGAAUUAACCCUGCCACAUCCUUUAACUCCCCCAUGUAAUUAGGCUAUGGUUUUUCAGAUGUACCAUGCAGGGUUGGAGGAAGGCAAGACAAACCCUCAGAGUCUCUUCAUAUCAGUGACAAAUAUAUAGAGACAGAUUCCCCCAGAAUUUAAUUUUAUUGCUCAUGUUGUAGAGUUCUCACUAAGAGUUUUGAACUACUUAGGCAAGGUGUUAAAAGGAGAAAAAAUAAAAGGCUUUCCUGCUACAAUGAGCAGUCGGUACGUAUUUGUAUGCAGUGUACAGUAUGAGCUGAAGCAUAAUACCAUCUAUUGUUUUUGUUAUUCCACACGUUGCCAACAGCCCACUUGCGAUAUCUGCCACCUGAAUUAUAUAUUGAUAAGUUAGCUACCACUGGAGCUAGUUUGUUUAUUGUUUCAGAAUCUUAUGUCCCUAUGAAAUGCUGUGUGUAUAUAUAUAUAUCUCUAUACUGUAAAAAGAAGUAAUAUCGCAGAUGCUGGUUUUGUAUUUAUGAAAGACAUUGAAAGUAUGGCUUAAAGUAUAUCAAUUAUUUGUCACUCUUCACCAUUUGUAUAUUAAUAGUAAAGAUACUUU